GGAGCGGAGCGGACGCCGCGGGGGCGCCGAGGCCGAGCGCGCCCCUCCCCGCCCCCCCCCCCCGCCAUGGAGAGGCGGGACCCUCGCGCCGCCGCCCGCCGCCCCUGACCCGGCCCCGCCGCGCCGCGCCCGCCCCGCGCUCGGCCCCUCCCGCCGGUGGGUGACUCAGGGCCGGGCCCGCAGCCGCCCCGACCCCCCGCCCGGCGGCCCGGCCGGAGGCAGCGGGACAUGCUCCGGGCCUAGCGCGGCCGGCAGCGAAGCAACAUGAACCGUGAAGACCGGAAUGUGCUGCGUAUGAAAGAAAGGGAAAGGCGAAAUCAAGAAAUUCAACAGGGCGAAGAAGCCUUUCCACCAAACUCUCCUCUCUUUGCUGAACCUUAUAAAGUUACCAGCAAAGAAGAUAAACUAUCUAGUCGUAUUCAGAGUAUGCUUGGGAAUUAUGAUGAAAUGAAGGAUCUUAUAGGAGACAGAUCUCUGCAAAAGCUUGUUGGAAUUCCCCAGCCAACAGUACCAUCAACCCCAGAUGAAAAAUCAAACCAAAGUUUCUUUGGUGAACAGAGACACAGUACUAGCUCUCAUCAGAGCAACAAAUGGACUCCUGUAGGACCAGCACCUAGCACUUCCUCCCAAUCUCAGAAACGGUCCUCAGGUUUACAGAGUGGACACAGUAGUCAGCGUGGCAGUGGCAAUAACACUAGCAGUAGUGGCCAGAGACAUGAUCGUGACUCAUACGGUGGUAGCAGUAGCAGCCGCAAAAAAGGCCAGCAUGGAUCAGAACACUCAAAAUCCCGUUCUUCCAGCCCUGGAAAACCACCUGCUGUUUCUUCAUUGAGCUCCAGCCAUUCCAGGUCUCAUGGAAGUGAUCAUCAUAACAAGGAACAUCAGCGUUCAAAAUCUCCACGUGAUUCUGAUGCCAACUGGGACUCUCCCUCCCGUGUACCUUCGUUUUCAAGUGGGCAGCACUCUAACCAGUCUUUUCCACCUUCGCUAAUGUCCAAAUCAAGUUCAAUGUUGCAGAAGCCCACUGCCUACGUAAGGCCCAUGGAUGGACAGGAGUCCAUGGAACCAAAGUUAUCUUCAGAACACUACAGUAGCCAGACCCAUAGCAACAACAUGAGUGAGCUGAAGCCUAGCAGCAAAGCGCAUCUAACCAAGCUGAAAAUACCAUCUCAACCACUAGAUGCAUCAGCAUCUGGCGAUGUGAGCUGUGUGGAUGAAAUUCUAAAAGAGAUGACCCACUCUUGGCCUCCCCCGCUGACUGCUAUUCAUACACCAUGCAAAACAGAACCUUCAAAAUUUCCUUUUCCAACAAAGGAGUCUCAGCAAUCCAGUUUUGCCACUGGAGAGCAGAAAAGAUACAAUCCUGCUUCAAAAACGUCCAACGGUCAUCAAUCAAAAUCAUGUGAAUCGAACCAGACAGAUAUGUUGAAAGAUGACUUAAAACUCAGUAGCAGUGAAGACAGUGAUGUUGAACAGGAUUGUGAUAAGACAGUGCCAAGGAGUACACCUGGAAGUAAUUCUGAACCUUCACAGCAUAAUAGUGAAGGAGCGGAUAACUCCAGGGAUGACUCAAGCAGCCAUAGUGGAUCUGAAAGCAGUUCUGGAUCUGACUCGGAAAGUGAAAGUAGUUCCAGUGACAGUGAGGCUAAUGAGCCAUCACAGAGUGCAUCCCCAGAGCCUGAACCACCACCAACAAACAAGUGGCAACUCGACAACUGGCUGAACAAAGUGAAUCCGCAUAAAGUUUCACCAGCAUCUUCUGUGGACAGUAAUAUCCCCUCUUCACAAGGUUACAAAAAAGAGGGGAGAGAUCAGGGCACAGGGAGUGGUUAUGCUGAUCAAGGUGGGCCCAAGGAUUCCAUUUCUUCCACUCCUGGGAGAGAUUCCAAAACUACCCAAAAAGGAUCAGAGAGCAGUCGCGGCAGGCUGAAGUCACCUGCACAGAGUGAUAGUGUGACACAGAGGAGAACUGUAGGUAAAAAACAGCCCAAGAAAGCAGAAAAGGCAGCUGUAGAAGAGCCCAGAGGGGGUCUUAAAAUAGAAAGUGAAACACCAGUAGACAUGGCAAAAAACAUGCCCUCAAACAGGCAUAAGGCAGCCACAAAAGGUUCCAGAAAACCCAACAUAAAGAAAGAACCCAAAUCUUCUCCUCGACCUACAGCAGAGAAAAAGAAAUACAAGCCUUCAAGCAAACCAUCCCAGAAAUCCAGGGAAUUCAUAGAAACAGAUACCUCAUCCUCUGAUUCUGAUGAAAAUGAGAGCCUGCCUCCUUCCUCACAAACCCCCAAGUACUCUGAGAGCAAUAGGACUCCAGUUAAAUCUUCCAUGGAGGAGGAUGAGGGCUUUUAUCGGCCAAGAAUAUUCUCUCCUAUGGAAGAGAAAGAACUUCUUUCACCGCUCAGUGAUCCUGAUGAAAGGUACCCACUUGUUGUGAAGAUCGACCUGAGCCUCUUAUCUAGAAUACCAGGGAAGCCUUACAAGGAUGCUGAUCCACCCAAAGUUGAGAAGAAAAGUGUGCCGGAGAAGCAGACAAAAGAGUCCCAGAAACAACCUUCUGACAAAAAUUCCACCAAGGGCAAAAGGAAGCAUAAGAUUUCUGCUAAUGUUACUCAGAAUGAUGAUGACAACAGAGCCAGUGAAAGCAAGAAAACUAAACUGGAAGAAAAGGCUUCAUCAGGCCACAAGAUCUCCAGCAGCAGAGAGUCUUCAAAGCAAGGUGCGGUUAAAGAGAAGGAUCUGCUACCUUCUCCUGCAGCCCCAGUCCCUCAGAAAGAUCCCAAGCAAGAACAUGGAUCCCGGAAAAGAACAGUCAGUCAAUCAUCUUCAUUAAAAUCAAGCAGCAACAGUAAUAAGGAGAGUAGCAGCAGUAGUAAAAGUAACUCUUCCUCAUCCAAACAAAAAAAGACAGAAGGGAAAAGUUCUAGCAAUUCCAAGGAAGCCAAGGAAAAGGUUCUAAACAAUUCAUCAAACUGCCCUCCUGCAUCUACUCCAGCUACAGAGAGCUCCAAGUCCCGAAGAGCGAAGCUUGUCUUUGAUGAGAGGUCUUACUCAGCUGAUCACUACUUACAGGAAGCAAAGAAGUUAAAGCAUAAUGCAGAUGCACUGUCUGACAGAUUCGAGAAAGCAGUUUACUACCUUGAUGCUGUAGUGUCGUUCAUCGAAUGUGGGAAUGCAUUGGAGAAAAAUGCUCAGGAAUCCAAGUCCCCGUUCCCUAUGUAUUCAGAAACUGUGGAAUUAAUCAAAUACACUAUGAAACUGAAGAAUUACUUAGCACCAGAUGCUACAGCUGCAGAUAAAAGGCUAGCAGUGCUUUGUCUUCGAUGCCAGUCCCUGUUAUACUUACGGCUUUUCAAGCUGAAGAAGGAGAGUGCAUUGAAAUACUCCAAGACAUUGACUGAACAUCUAAAGAAUUCCUAUAAUAAUUCUCAAGCACCAUCACCUGGUAUGGGAAGCAAGCCUGUUGGCAUGCCAUCUCCGGUCUCUCCGAAGCUAUCUCCAGGGAAUUCAGGGAAUUACUCUUCGGGGACAACCAACCCUUCAGGAAGCAGUUCUUCAGUGACUAUUCCACAGAGAAUCCACCAGAUGGCAGCCAGUUAUGUGCAGGUUACAUCCAACUUUCUCUAUGCCAAUGAAAUCUGGGACCAAGCUGAACAGCUCUCUAAAGAGCAGAAAGAAUUUUUUGCUGAACUGGACAAAGUUAUGGGCCCUCUUAUCUUUAAUUCAAGCAUCAUGACAGACCUAGUCCGUUAUACCCGGCAGGGAUUACAUUGGUUACGUCUGGACGCCAAGUAAUAUUUUGAACUGAAGGAUUGGAAAGUAGAACACACAUUUUUCUUGCUGCCUCUGAUUUUCUCCACAACACUGUGUCAUGUCCAAUAAGGAAGACUGCCAUAACAUGUUGCCUAGUUGACACUAAGAGCAAAGAAUGCUUUCACAUGUCUCCCAUUCUCAUUUGUGUGUUUAACCCCAAAACGUCUUGUUGAUGGACUUCUUUGGUAUUCCCAUUUUAAGUUAUUUAAUUAUUUUAAAAUCUGCUACAUAUAAAGAUGUGGUUUCACUGAUCUGUAAUGGAUUGGAAUUCCAGUCAUAAUACAUAACUAAUCAGUUUAAAUCCUAUUUAUUUUAAUUUGUUUUUAAAAAUUUUUACAAAGCCCUAUUUUGGGUAGUUUUAGGACUUAGCUGUUUCUUCCUAUAAAUUUACCCUUAUCAAGUACUUAGCAGAAAUUAAUGUAGACACUUUAUUUAAGUACUUUGUGAGCUUUGUUACUCUGUAAUGUCUUGUGGUAGUAGAGCUUGUUAAAGAAAAUAAGGGUUGAUAGGUUCUAAAGUAUAGCGACACCAUGCUUUUCAUGCCUAAUGCCUAUGACUCAAAUCUUAAAUGACAACUACAGUUUUAUUAUUGCAGAAUUUGUACUAAAUAUUGAAAAAAAAAAAAAAAAAAAAGUUCCAGAGAUAUUCUUCUACACAUUAAGAGAUUUCAUUUAAAUGAAACUAUAGAGAGACCUAUAUGGAAAAAAAUAUUUAGUUAUGUCUGACUUGGGUUGUUUUCAAGACAAUUUCAAAAUACUUAACACUAUAACAAUCACAAAACAUUACAGUAACUUGCAUUUAAUGCAAUAUGGAAAUGAUGGUGUAAGAAUGAACUUCAGUCUCUGAUGGGUGCAUAUUGGAAAGGUUUUUAAAAAAUGGACAAUCUUGUGCUUUUUUGUAUCUCUUUGUAUAAACAGAUCUUGUUUCCUUGCUUGUCAUUAUUUGACACUUACUGAAUCAGCCAACUUUAUGGUUGAAAGAACCGACAAAUAAUUCCUACUGGAACUGUCAUUUGUAUCCUUUCCAUUGACUGAGAAACCAGAGAUCAUGAUUAGUGCGCAAGAUCCAUCUUUUCUUAUUUUGGGUCUGCUAGUUAAUGGACACUACAUCAUGACAGUGUUAUGGCCAUUGUGGGGUGGGGAGCACACCUACUAUUAUAGGGAAAUUGCCUAACUGUUCUGAUAUAGAACUUACUUAAAAUGUGUAUUUCCCAUUGAUGUUAAAUGUUUCUGAUGGAGCAGAAAUUUCACUUUAGGGUAAGUAACUCGGUGCAACAGAAAUCCUGCAUGGAGUUCUGAGUGGUUGCUCUUAAAAAGUUGUAAACCAAAGUACCUUUCCAUAUAAGGUGCUUGUCUGAGCAAAGUGUUUAAAAAUUAUACUGCUUUCAAUAUUGCUUAGUGCCCCUAACAUGUCUGGUGUGCCUUAUGCCUUACUUUUAGAUGAAGAUUUUAUGAACUGUUUACAAGAUGUUUUACAGCAGGACCAGGUAUACUGUAUGCAGUUGGAAUUCUGCAGUACUUUGGUAAAAUUCCAUUUCCUUUGUAUUAACAGUACAAGCAUCUGUCAUACCAAAUGACCUCCUGUUACAGCGGUUUUCUUUCAGAGAGUCACGCUCUGAACUUACGAGAGUGGAAUUGGAGAGUCGUGCUUCAUUUUUAUCUCCCAUUAAACCUUGUAUCUGGUACAGAAUAAUGCAUCUAUGUUCAGGAAAAAUAUUGCACUAAAUUUGUGUGUAGUUGUAGACUGCCAUCAUUUUGGCACAUUUCGAAAGAAGGAAUAGAAUUCUACACUAUUUAGUACUGCAGUAUGUCCUAUGGGCUUUAAGAGUUUAGAAGUUUUGCAAAUUAGUAACUUUACUAAACUGUAGCUGCAUAUUCGUAGAGCUUCCUUUGUUCUCCAACUUGUUUUGUACUUCCAGAAAAGCUUUGCUACGUACAAAUUGAGACGUAAUUAACAGACCUGUAAAUUUCCCUAUUAAUAUUUCAGCAUUUGUUUAGGUCUGUUUCAACAUCCUUUUUUAUUUGAAUCACUGUGCCAGCUUGUGUUCUUUUUUUCCAGUGUUUGCUGUUACAAAGAAUUCUCUACCCUCAAACUCUGCAUCUUGGUUAAUGGGAUACUGUCAUCUAUUUUUCCCUUAAUACUCUAAAGUGCCUAGCACACUUUUGACGCUAUAUAAGAAUACCUUCUUAGAAGCUGGAUUAACAGUUUAUUUUUGAAGUAGCGCUGCAGUAGCCGGCAUGGCUGUGUUUUAAGCUUGCUCCUUUGUAUGCAGUUACCAUUAUUGUAAGCAGUAAUGGUCUCAUCUCUGGGAAUAUUUGUGUGUUUUGUUUUUAAGCUAGAGUCCCACAAAUACCAUUUGGUAUCACACUAAAUUAAUUUCUUCUUGAAAAAUACAUUGUUAAUCUUUAAACCCUUAGACGCUAAACAUUAUUAGUCUUUAAAAAAACACAAAAGACUUUUUUACAGUGUGUCAAAAUGUGGACAUGAACUGGUGGAUAGUGUCCCACCCAAGCAGUAUGCUUUUCUGGUUAAACUCCUUCUGGAUUAUUGUCCCAAGUUCACUCUCUGUGUUGGAGAUAUGCAACGGUUUUGUUUAACAAAAGGAUAUUGUCUUGCUCAUCUGUAGCUGUGUCAAAUAGAUCAAUUUAAUUUGACAAUUCCGCAUGCUUCUCUAAAUUGGGAUUUUCCCCUUGCUUCAGCGACAAAUUCAUUUUAUUGGCUUAAGUAGCCAAACAAUGCAAAUACUUCAUAAGCUUUCAUCCCUCUGCCAAAAUCCAGGCUAACAAAACCUGUCCUUCUGAACCACUUACUUAAACAGCGAUGUGGGAAAUGCAUGUCACUUAACCACUAAUGCAGGUUGCACUAGUGUCUUAUCACAAGGGAAUCUUUAAAUUCUGGUUCUCUCCAUGAUUUUCUAUAUGGUGGCAUAUUAAUACAUAUCAGUAUUGUAGAUUGAAUUUAUAACUCCAACUCCCAGUGGUGAACCUUAUAAAUGGCUUAAUCAGACUAGGCUUGCUCAGACGUCAAAAUUAUCUUGAAUUUGCUGUCGAACUUGCAGGUUCCUAAACGACAAAGUGCAUCACUUAUAGUUACAAAUGAACCUUCAAGAAAUCAGAGCAAAAUAGCCCAAGACUUUUAUUUUCUUUUAAAUCUGUUAGCCAUAACUCAGAGCACAUAGAUGGCUCUUCUUGGCUUUUGAUGGCAGUAUGCAAUUUGCGUUGUGUGAGUCUUUAAUACAUAUACGUGUGUGUGCUUGUGUGCGUGUAUGGGAGGGGUGUGUGUGUGUAUAUAGACAUAUAUAGAUAUAUAUAUAGAUAUAGAUAUAUCUAUAGAUAUAUAUGAACUCAGUCUGUCCAAACUGUAUGUUAUUCUUGUUUUUAGAUUAUAGUGCAACUGGCUAUAUUGAUAUAUUAUUUAUUGAGUGCUGAAUCACCAUCUUGCUGGUGAUGAAUCUUGCGUAUUAUACAGGAGUGCAAUGUAUAUUACUUUAGAUUUGAUGAGGCUUGAUUGCUGUGAUUUAAAAAUAACCACCUUAAAAUAUACUUAUGAAUGGCCCCAGCACAAAGUCAGGACUUUAUGAAUAUAAUUUAAUACUUGCCUGGGGCAAGUAAAAUAAAGCCGUAGGCAAGUAAUUAUAAAGUUUGCCAAUCUGGCAACUAGUGGAAAGAGACUACCUUUGCUGUAUUUAAUAAUAAUAAUAAUUCGUUUACCUAACCGAAAUUAAUCAUCAUUGCAGCCUUCACAUGAAGGCAGUUACAAAAGGGCCUGAGCAAGUCAAGUUUGAAUUAUGCAUUGGGGAAUAAGCAACUUCCAAAUUAUCAGUAAAAGCCUUGACAAAUAUUUGGGUCAAGGUUGGAAUCAGUCUAGUGAAUCAGUGUUAUGGAAAGCUGCAUAUUUCCAGCAACAAAAUUGAUGAUAGAUCUCUUUUAAACAAGAGUAGCCAAAGCUUUUGCUAGCCAACUCUUAGACAAACACAGACCUAUUUCCAGAGACAAAGUUCCCGGAGAUGGGUUUACAUAAACAUAAAGAAUCAUGUUGUCCAAUUCCACUUUUUGUUGUUGUUUUUUUUUUUUGUUAAAGAAUUUUGGUCUGUGUUGCCAUUUAACAAUAGCAGUGUUGGGAGGGGGAGCUAUAACAUAAAUACAGAUUCUUAUCUCAGUAUGGGUGUGCUAGACAAAUGAGCCUGGCCAUUUGGUAGGACAGCUUUUGAGACAGCAUUACCUCUUGCUGGUUGCCAGUGUUCAUCUGAACUUAAACUGAAUGCACUAUACUGAGUAGCUUGACGUGCUGUUUCAGCAUAAUUUAUAUAGGCUAUCCCCAUGUAAACAUUUUACCUGUUUUAAUUUUGUCUGGAAAUGUAAUGGAAGUGCAGCCGUUCCAAUUGGUGCAACUCUGUGUGCUAGCAGAGCUGAUAUUAGUAAAUUGGAAUGCAAUGUGCCCCGUCUUCAGUUUUUAUACACAACCCUCGUCAAUCAUGUAGCUGAGUGCAUGGUAGUACUGCAGCCCAAUUUCUUGGCUGCAUUGGCAUCAUACAUCUGAAAAUAUAUCUUCAAGGACCAGACAUGACUUUUGCAAGCACAGUUACUGACAUUUGUAUCUGGUCCCCCUUUUAAAUGGUUUUAAGAAAUUUUGUAUAUGGAGGAUAAAGUGCUUAUAUAUUUAUUAAAAAUCCUUUAUCUUAUUUGAAAUUAUUAUUAUUUGGUGAAGAAGGGUUUUUUUUUCUUUUUGGGGAGGGGGGGGAAAGUAACUUUUAAUCCAUCACUUAUAAAUGAAGCCCUUACUAAUCAUACAGAAGGUACUGUUAGUGACUGAUGGGAUGUCUCUAUUUUACUCUUUGUACAUGACAAGUCCAUGUCUUAUGUUUUGUUUCUAUCAAAAUAUUUAGGCAUCUGUCUUCAACCAAAACUUAAAAAAAAAUACUGUGAUUUUAUUUGUUGCAAUACAGAUGAAAUUUUGAAGGGUACUUUGGGGCUCAAAAUUAGAAUUUCUAAGUCAGUAUGUGCAUUUCACGUAAUAAAGCUAUUAAUGGUGAGCAAAGUAUUAUAUACUAACUAGAUUUUUCCACAUCUGUAUAGUAUAUUCUAUGUAUUUUGUGGUAUUGAGAUUAUAGAAAGUUUAGUGUCUGAAACAUGCGUUUAAUGUGUAUUUUUAAACAAAUUUAUGGCAAUUAAAAUAUUUGGAGAAAAGGGUAUCACAUUUCAAUUUGUAAAGAACUUUUUAACUACUGUGUCAUUAAAAUGCUUUGUACAAUGCAAAACUGUAACUGGAGAAACUAAGUUUAAUAAAAUAUCAAAUAGAUUUUUCUGUAUUAAACUUUACAAACACCA